UAGGACGUACUUGCACACUUUUCAAUGACACAUCUUAACAUUCGCACCUAUGGACUUAAUUGUUAUCAGAUAUGGCAACCAAAACAACAACCAUAGCAUAAAAACGGCUUAUGCUUAAAAUCGAUAGAUAGGCUAAAGUAAAAUACUGAGAAAACCCACUAGAACGGACGCACCUUCCCACGUUUACUGCUGUUCUACAAUACAACCRUUUUAAGAGGCGACUAUUUGAGUAGUUGCAUAUCAUUGGUACCUUUGCAAGGUAAGGAAACACAGGUUAAGACAAGCAACAUUUCAGAGGAGGGGAUAUCGCGUCAGAAAGUUCUAUAGCCUCACCAGUCAUCAUCAUGCCGAGGUAUAACUUUUUUCUGUGUUUGAUGGUUUAUGUUUGUCUGGGACUGUCUGGGAGUGACGAACCUAACCUUUUUCUGCCACCAACGAGCGAGAUGCCCACGGACGCCGGGCUGUCGCUCCUUGAUGAGGAGGCAGGCGCUCACGAAUGUUCAGCAUGCGUUUGGAGAGAGCAAAGUAAAGUCCUGAGGCUGGAGACCAUCAAAUCUCAGAUCCUGAGCAAGCUGCGGCUCAAGCAGGCUCCUAACAUUAGUCGGGAGGUGGUGAACCAGCUGCUCCCCAAGGCGCCCCCGCUCCAGCAGCUUCUGGACCAUCACGACUUCCAGGGAGACGCGUCCUCCCAGGAUGAGUUUAUGGAGGAGGACGAAUAUCACGCCACUACAGAGUCCGUCAUCACUAUGGCCUCGGAGCCGGAGCCCUUGGUGCAGGUGGACGGCAAGCCCAGCUGCUGCUUCUUUAAGUUCAGCCCCAAACUGAUGUUCACCAAGGUGCUGAAGGCUCAGCUGUGGGUGUACCUUCGGCCACUGCAGCAGACUUCCACCGUCUACCUGCAGAUCCUCAGGCUGAAGCCUGUCACGGAGCAGGGCAGCCGCCACAUCCGCAUCCGCUCAUUGAAGAUCGAGCUCAAUUCACGUGUGGGCCACUGGCAAAGUAUCGACUUCAAGCACGUGCUGCAGAACUGGUUCAAGCAGCCGCACACCAACUGGGGAAUCGACAUCAAUGCCUUCGACGAGAGCGGCAACGACCUGGCAGUGACCUCGCUGAGACCAGGGGAGGAAGGGCUGCAGCCGUUCCUGGAGGUUAAGGUUCUUGAGACGACCAAACGUUCCCGACGUAACCUGGGACUGGACUGUGACGAGCACUCCACCGAGUCCCGCUGCUGCCGCUACCCGCUGACGGUGGACUUUGAGGCCUUUGGCUGGGACUGGAUCAUUGCUCCCAAGCGCUAUAAGGCCAACUACUGCUCGGGCCAGUGUGAAUACAUGUUCAUGCAGAAGUACCCACACACCCACCUGGUACAACACGCCAACCCCAGAGGCUCAGCAGGGCCCUGCUGCACCCCCACCAAGAUGUCACCCAUCAACAUGCUCUAUUUCAACGACAAGCAGCAGAUCAUCCACGGCAAGAUCCCUGGUAUGGUGGUAGACAGGUGUGGCUGCUCUUAGGCCCAAUGGAAGUCAUGCACACCCAACUCUGCAUUAUUUCCACCCAGAACCCUGACUGAGACCUCCUYUGGCAGCAGACUUUAUUCCCCCCUCUCACUCCGCCACAAAACAUCCCACUGGACCUCCAUUCUCUUAGUUAUUCAUUUUGGUCAAACAUGUAAUAUGAAAUGAAGAUAGGAGUGAGGCUGAGUGGUAGAAAUAUAUAUAUAUUGACGAUUAUGAAGGGGGUGUAUCUGUGGAGCAGCUUAAAAAAUUGAUGGUAAAUAAGACAACUAUGUUUUUGUUAGUUUUGUUUUUUUCUUUGAAAAGAUGGUGUCUUUAUUGAGAUGUCCUGGAUAGUGGAUCCAGGCUGAUGGAGGGAGACAUUCCUAAGCAGUUACAGUAUAUUAUCAUUUUUCUACAACUUUCACUUUUAGCAUCAUUACAACAACAAAAAACCUUGUCUACUUUUAGACUAAAAGUUCAUGAAAUGAAUCCAAAAUGUUGUUUAAGAAAAGAGUCAUUAUCUAGAGAUUUAGUGUUGAGAUCCAAAAGCAAACUGUGUGCCCUCUGUAGAUGUAACUACCACCCCAGUGUGAAAUUCUUCAGAAUCAAGAAUCAUUUCACAGUUACUUUGAUCUUAUUUUACCUGUAAUCUUGUAAAACAUUAAAAUAAGAAAAUAGUUUCACUACCUUAAAGUGAACAGGAAAGGGUUUGUUAUACACUUUCUCCCUAUGUUUUACUGCAGAGGCUCACAUAACAGCUCAGAUGACCUCAAUAUCAACCUGUGCACAAAGUUUAGAUGAACUAAGACAAACAUUAUGUCAAAGUAACUCUUAAAACUUUGUGUGGUCUAGAUUAAGAACACACAAUAAAAAAAUGCAGGUUUUGGCUGGUUAGAUCUUUGUAUAGGUCAUCUUUUAUAUGUAAUAGACUAAAUCCAAGAGCAUUUUAAAAUCAACAAUAUGGGAAUCAUGCAAGGGUGCCAGUUUACACUACUGUAAUUGUCAGAUUAUUUUGUAUGGAGUAAAUUCAGAGUGAAAGGGAACCCCACAAGUACCUUGACAAAUGUGGUCCACAUGAAUAUAGCUUACUUAUAUACUUUUGUCAUUUUCACUCUGCACACUGUGCAAUUACCAUUCCCACUACUAUCCUCCACAUUCAUUUACACAAACACAAUGAGUAGAGGACCAAAUGUAUUCUGCCAAGUUGCUAUGGUGGGAAUGUUAUGAUGGUUGUGGCAAAGAAGACAACCUUGUGUUGGAAAGAAACUAAAAUGCUUGAUUGAUAUACACCUUUGUGCUACUAAGGGAAGAAGAGCUAGGUUGUGCAUCAUAAAAAUAAGGAAAACACUGAUACAGAUGAGAAUACAGCUGAAAUGCCAUUUCUAGUUUAGAGAACAUAUUUUGAUUGAAUAUCCCAGAGCCCCCAUCCCCACCUGUAAUAUGCAGUAAAUAUUGGACGUGCUUGAAAGACUGUAGAUAAGAAGCUUGAAGUCUGUCUUGUUUCCUGGAUGUCAAAGUGAAUAUAUCCCUUUGUUGUAAACGAAAGCACUACGCUGUUGGGAAAAGGAAAAGCCUUCUGACAUAAAUAUAUGUAUAUAAUUAAAAGGGGUACAAAAAAUCCUUUCUGGGCACUACCUUACCAACAAUAAAUUUUGCACUAUGGGACGUUCAUAGCGUGAGGAGUCAUGUUGUUGUUUGUGUUUGUAUUUUACCUAAUCAAGCACGAGCGUUUACAAUUGAAAAAAGAACUGUCCAAGCUUCUGGCAAUACACCGUGUGGAUAAACUAGUCAGCCUCUCACUUCUUUUGUUACCAUCACGCUUUCCUGACUUCCUUUUCGUCUGAAGCGGAGGCCUGUCCAUAUUCUCACGCUCUUCUUACACCCAGAAACCUGGACUGACCAGCGGCCAAAAGGCCUCAUCGCCCUCCCGGGGUGAUAAGUCAUGUGUGUAACAAGUGUCUGGACCGAUGAACAUAGAACGCUUUAAACUGGAAAUGCCCCUCCAUCAACUUCAAUCAAUUUGUUAUCAACUUUGACAGACUUUUGUCCUUUUGAAUUUGAGCUACUUUUUGUGUUGACUGUCUAACACAGACACGUUUUGCCUUUGUGUGUUUUGAGUGAGAGUGCCCAUAUUAGAAUGGGAAAAAGUAUCCAGGGAUCGUUAGCCAAAGUAGAGGAUGACAUGUUGUGUGCUGUAACUUUUGUAACUGCAGGAAUAUGCUAAACAAUUUCAAAGGGAGAAAAAAAUGUGGUAUGGGCAGUGGUUGGAAACAAUUCAACUGGUCAAGUGUAUAUUUAUUCAGAUCAAAUCAAUGAAUUUCAAAGUAUGUCUACCUCACUUUAGCAUUGUGAAACCUUGCUUAAAAAUUUGACAGUUAGGUUUUGUUAUGAGUUAAUAUGUACAAACAUGUAACCAGAAUAGUAAACCCAAAAACGUAGACUAAAGCCACAGGGUCACCUUGAUCUCAGAUCCAGAUUGAGAAAUUUACAGUGGAGUUCAAAAGAGUGACUGAAGCAAAUAGCUAAAGGUAAUUUGUACUGACAAAAGAAUAAUAAAUAUCUGUGCCCAGGA